AUGUCGAUGAUUGUUUUAUUAAAUAUUGAAAAAAAUUUACUCAAUUUUUUGUCAAAAACGGUAUUUAUAUUAUUAAAAGUCACAAAGUCAUUUUCGCCUAAGAUGAAGAUUUUAUUCUUAAUAGCAUUAGUAUUUUCACUUGGCCUGGCACAACAACUUCUUCCCUGCUUUACUUGUUCUGCAGAUUAUGAACCAGUUUGUGGACAGUCAAUACAUGGCGAUAAGCCAAAAACAUUUCAAAAUUUCUGCGAAAUGAAAGCUCAAGACUGUGGAUAUAGUAAAGAACAAUAUGUCUUGCUGUAUGAAGGUCACUGCAAGAAGAACUAA